AUGGAAAAAGCAUUAACACCAGAGAUAACAUCAACAACAACAACAACAACGACAACGACAACGACAACGACAACGACAACAACGACAACGACAACAACGACAACGACAACGACAACAACGACAACGACAACGACAACAAGGACUGUACAAAUACUUCCUUCUGUCGUCAUUGACAGCAAUACAAAAUGGAAACAGCAUGCAGUUACAGUUGCUGGAGGAAAUGGACAAGGAAAUGAACUACAUCGAUUAAAUUUUCCUAUGGGUAUUUAUGUUGAUAACGAUGAUGAAAGUAUUUACAUUGCUGAAGGUAUGAACGAUCGUAUUGUUAGGUGGGAACUUGGCGCAAAGGAUGGUAAAAUCGUUGCAGGUGGAAAUGGACGUGGAAGUCAAAUAGAUCAAUUAAAUUUUCCAGUGGAUGUAAUUCUUGAUAAAGAGAAGAAAUACAUCAUCAUUUGUGAUAACGGCAACAGACGAGUGCUAAGAUGGUCUCGUCAAAAUAGUCAGAAUCAAGAAAUAUGGAUACCUAGUAUUAUUUGCCGGGGUUUUGCAAUGGAUAGUAAUGGAGAUAUUUAUAUUUCUGACAUGGAAAACCAUCAAGUGAGACGUUUUCAGGAAGGAGAUAUAGUAGGUAUAAUUGUAGCAGGUGGACAUGGAGUAGGAAAUGAGCUUAAUCAACUUAAUGGACCUUUUUUCAUCUUCGUCGAUGAAUAUUAUACAGUUUACGUAGUGGAUAAUGUGAAUAGUCGUGUGAUGAUAUGGAUGAAAAAUGCUACCGAAGGCGUUCGUUUUGCUCCUGGGCAAGCAUCUGAUAUGAAUCCCAGUCCGCUAAAUUACCCCAUCGGUGUAAUUGUUGAUCAUACGGGUAAUAUUUAUGUGUCGACGGGCGGAAGUCAUCAGAUAACGCGUUGGUCGCUAGGUGCAAUAGAAGGUACCCCUGUCGCUGGUGAAAUUCAAUGGGAAAGCGGAUCCAUGCAACUCAUAAAUGCAGAAGACUUAUCAUUUGAUCAUCAUGGUAAUCUUUAUGUUGUCGAUAGAGGUAAUAAUCGAAUACAAAAAUUUAUUAUUGAUCGUGACUGA